AUGGCAUUGGAGGCAGUGGGAGGAGCUGCUCUAGGAGCAGUAUUUGGGACGCUGCUUGAUGGUGUUAUAGCGGUGUCGUCGAAGACUAUAAUGUUUAAAACCCACCUCAGAGAUCUCAAAUUCACCAUGGACUCUUUUCAGCAAGUGGAUGAAGAUGUAAGACAACAUCCCAACAUAUUGUUUCGCCCCAUCCCAGGCCUAGAAAGGUUUAGGAUCCAAAUGAAGAAGGGCGUUCAGCUCGUUGACAAGUGCUCCAAGGUUCGUCCAUGGAAGUUAAACGCUUUCAAAAAGCUUAUUUACACCAGCAAACUUGUUGCAUUGAAUGCAUCUCUCAAUACACUGUUAAGUGUACUGACAGUGCACAUAAUAAGUGAUCUGAGGGCUCGGGUAAUCGAUGUGGCUACAACAUUGAAUCAAAUCGAUGCGAAUAUUGUGGCACAAUAUCAAAAUCAAAAUCAAAACCAAAUUAGAGGUUGGUGUGCAAUACCUGAGCCUCCACCCUUUACUGUUGGAUUGGAUGUGCAUGUGGAGGAGUUGAAGAUGGAGCUUCUUAAAGACGAGGCAUCAAUGCUUGUGGUGACUGGUCUUGGAGGAUGCGGGAAAACCACACUGGCACAAAAGAUUUGCAAAGAUCAGAAAGUCAAAGAAAAAUUCAAAGGCAAUCUCUUUUUCGUCACUGUUUCAAAGAAGUCCAACUGCCUUGUUGUACAAGAACUAUGUCAAAAAACCGGAUCCCUGGUACCUUCUUUCCAAGAAGAAGCAAUUGCAUUUAACUGGCUGCAAGAAUUUCUGAACGAAACAGGACAAGAUCCUUUACUUUUGGUCCUGGAUGAUGUGUCGCCAGGAUCAGACUCCCUUCUUGAUAAGCUUGAUGAAUUCAAAAGGCCAAAUCACAACAUUUUGGUGACAUCAAGAGUUAAAUUUCCAAGAUUUGGUCCUGCAUAUCUUUUAGGAACAUUGGAACCAGGAGAUGCAAUGACACUUUUUCGUCAUUCAGCAUCCCGGUCUGAUAGGAGCUCUUAUAUACCGGACAAUCUAGCGGAACAGAUAGUACAGCACUGUAAGGGAUUUCCACUUGCCAUUACAACUAUCGGAAGAUCAGUUUGCGAACAGCCUACAGAGAUCUGGGAGAAAAGAGUAGCGGAAUUGUCUAAAGGCUCUUCUAUUCUUGAUUCUGAGGAUUAUUUUCUUGCUUGCCUCAAAAGUAGCUUAGAUGCCUUGGAUGAACGAAUGCCUAUCAUCAAGGAAUGCUUCAUUGACCUUGCUUUAUUUCCUGAAGACCGAAGUAUCCCUGCGGUUGCUCUCAUUGAUCUGUGGGCAGAGUUAUAUGGACUAGAUAAGGAUUCUUGGUCCAUUGCGAAAAUCCACGAGCUUACCAAUCGUAAUUUAGCGAAUCUAGUCACAAGGAAUGGGAAGACGGAGAUGGAUGGCUAUUACAGUGAACACUUUGUUACCCAGCAUGAUAUGCUUAGAAAUCUAGCUAUCCAUCAGAUUGGUCAAGAUGAAAUAGGAAAGGAAAAAAGGCUGGUUAUAGAUAUUUGUGGUGACAAUCUCCCUAAGUGGUGGACAGAACAGAAGAUUAAACCCAAGAUGACCCGCUCAUUAUCUAUCUCAACUGGUUGUCCCAUCUCUCCUUCUUUACCAAAUGCAUAUGACAAACACACACACAUCAUACGGUUUGCAGAUGGAUUGUCCUCGGAAAAGUGGCACGACAUGCAUCUACCAAAGGCUGAGGUUCUAGUUCUUAAUUUUCAGACAGAGAACUAUGGUCUGCCCAAAUUCGUGAAGAAAAUGUCCAAGUUGAAGGUUCUAAUAGUCACAAAUUAUGGUGUCUUCCAAGCUGACUUGAGUAAUUUCAAGCUUUUGGGUUCUUUGGCUAAUCUGAAGAGAAUAAGAUUAGAGCGCAUUUCAAUUCCUUCCAUAAGCAAGAACUCCAUGCAGUUGAAGAGUCUGCAGAAGAUAUCUUUAUUCAUGUGCAGCAUCGGUCAAGCUUUUAGCAACUCUUCCAUCCAAAUCUUAGAGGCAUUUCCAAAUCUAGUGGAAUUGAACAUUGACUACUGCAAUGAUUUGGUGGAAUUGCCUGUCAAGAUCUGUGAUCUUAUCCGCCUAAAGAAGCUCAGUAUUACCAAUUGCCAUAAGCUAUCUCGCUUGCCUGAAGAGAUUGGAAAGCUAGAGGGUUUAGAGGUAUUGAGGCUGAGGUCCUGCACAGACUUGGUAAAACUUCCUGGCUCCAUUAAGGACCUCACUAAGUUACGCUUACUUGACAUAUAUAAAUGUUUCAGCAUCAAGGAGUUGCCUGAAGACAUUGGUGAAAUGAGCGGUUUAGAAAAAAUCAACAUGGGACAAUGCUCAAGAUUGCAAGAGUUGCCUGUAUCAGUUUUGAAUCUUGUGGAGUUACGGGAAGUGAUAUGUGAUGAUUACACAGAAAACUUAUGGGGGGAACCUUUCAAAUCCAAUCUCACAAAGAUAAAGAUAUCGGUGGUAAAAGAAGACUUCAACCUGAAUUGGCUCCACAAUCUUUGA